CAUUUGUCCUUACUUUUUAUUGGACUCUCCCGAACUUUCACUAGUUUCUAUACUUCAUUGCCUCUCUAUGGACAUCGAAAAGGAUUUUGUGCAAGAAAGAGAAAAUCAGUCGGAAGGUUUAUGAAUCUGUUAGGCUAAAAAGUACAUUUUUCUAUUGAAAAUUUAUUACACCUAACAUUACGUGUACUGAGCAUCUGAACCAUUCUUAAAACAUAUUGUAAAAUCAAGAUUAGUAUCGUCAUCUGGCGGCAGAUCGAACACAGGAUUCGUUAAAAAAAAAUACCCAAUUCGAAUGCUUUGGCGCUACAUGCUACGUGCCAUCCAAAUGGACAAGUGCAGACAAAUGUAAUGCAACGAGAUACGAAAUGAUUUCGAAGAAGCCCCUCCAGUUAACUCUGGCCAUACUUAAACCCCACGUGGUUAAAUCGCCGUUUGCCCUUCAGAAAAUACGCGACAUCAUAAUUGAUAAUGACUUCAAAGUUGUUAGAUCUCGACGAACGAUUAUUACACGCGAGGAGGCAGAGUUUUUCUAUGCCGAUCAUAAGGGUAAAUUCUUUUACAAUCGGCUAGUCACAUUUGUAUGCAGUGGACCAUCGGACAUGCAUGUAUUGGCAGGUCACGAUGCCAUAGUUAAAUGGAGGGAAUUAAUGGGUCCAACGAAAGUCUAUCAGGCUCAAUAUUUGGCACCUAAUACUAUUAGAGGAACAUUUGGUUUAUCGGAUACCAGGAAUGCAGCACAUGGAUCAGAUUCUCCAGAGUCUGCUGAACAAGAAAUUAAAAUAUUUUUCAAAGACUUUAAUACAACUAAAUGGUAUCAAAUCGAAGAGCCUUUUUUCAGUCUUGGCCAAGUGCGCUUUGACCCUAAGGCUUUUGUGCAUAUAAUAAAUGAAGUAGAUACAACUAAGAGCACAAUAUGAUUCACUCAAUAUCAUUCUGGCAAAACUUAUUUUAGUUAGAAAGAAUAAAGAUGCUUAACGAUAGA